AUGGCUAUAGAGGAGUUGAAGGAUGCUAUAUCUUGUCUACGAAGUGAGACGGAGGAGUUGAGAUCUGAACUAGAUAAUUCGUCUCAAGCGUUUAGUACAGGACUGGUAAUUGAUGGGGAGAAGCCGAAAGGACCACCUUUUCAAGUUUCAGAAGCAGCUGUACUACUGAAUAUGCUUUUCGAACUAGAGACGAAAGUGGAGGAGACCUACAACGACAAAAAAGGUCUGAAUUUACAAGAUAUUCCCGGAAAGGUAUAUCCUGGUGAUCGUCUUCUUAAAACUUUUGAGGAUGCUGGAAUUUCAUUUGACAAAGCUGACGCCUUCAUGGUCUUGCUUACGAAUAUCAUAGAUUACUUACAAAAAGAAAGCAAGGGAGCUUGGUUUGCCAUAGCUUUCGGAUGCUUAUAUUGGUCAGCCGACUUGAAACCGUCGUCAGCUGAACGGGGGAAGAAUCUAGAAAUGCUGAAAAACUUCAUAUCUGUGGUCUAUAUAAGCCUUUCCAAGGAAGCCGCUCUAGCCAUAACGAAUAGAAAGGUAACUGAAGUCACCUGUCAUAUGCUGGGUACGUACUCAAUAAAUGGCAAUGUCAUCAAGUCCGAAAAAGUUGAUAUGGACGCAAGACGGGUCGGACUUCAUUUCAAACUCUAUAUGGUUAAAGAAGAGAGUACGGCCACCAAACCCGCCUGUGUGAGUAUAAGACAUUCUCUUCUUUCGUUGACGAACACUCGUGCCGAAUGCGUGCAUUCUAGAAAUUACAAGGCGGAUCCUUGUAGAAAUGAUAAUUUUUCGAGUAUUGAAAGAUUUGUUAUCAUUACUAUCAUAAUCGAACAAAUCGGCUCAAUACUUUUGGAUACUACAAACAUAAAGCAAAACACACAACAUGCACCCUCUAUCUCCGCAUUUCAUCUAGUGAUUACUCGCAAUUUAAAAAAAAAAAACGGCGAAAUAUUUUAUAGCUCAAAUAAAAGAAAAAAAAUGCAAAAACGCCCUGAUGCAACCCGACAUACUGGCCAGAGAUGUUCAAAAACUAAGCAGCCAUUCAAAAGUGCACUCUUAGCAAUUCCUAUAUAA